CGAGGUUUCCGCCACAUACCGUGAAUCAAAACCCGCCAUCUUGUCGCGUCGAACAGGAGAAGAAGAUAUGGCUGACUACAGUAACGUGGCCCCGCCGUCCUCUAACGCCGGAGGUGGCAUGAACGACGCUUUUAAAGACGCUCUGCAGCGAGCGCGACAGAUCGCGGCGAAGAUUGGCGGCGAUGGCGUUGCGGCACCUCCAACAAACGAGUUUGGUUAUGGAGGCCAGAAAAGGCCCCUGGAGGACGCUGGUGGGUAUUUUCCCAUGCCUAACCUGAAUAUCGACCAACCGGAGACGAAGAAGGUGGCUACAAAUGAUGCCUUUUCAGCAAUGGGAGGAAUGGGUGGACCUCCACGGUCAGCAUCAGAGGAUUUCAAAGUUCCAGAUGGAAUGGUUGGAUUCAUUAUUGGAAGAGGAGGUGAGCAAAUAUCACGUCUGCAGCAGGAGUCUGGGUGUAAAAUACAGAUUGCUCCUGACAGUGGAGGAAUGCCAGACAGGUCGGUGACAUUAACAGGAUCACCAGAAUCAAUCCUGGGUGCAAAGAGGCUAUUAACAGAGAUUGUUGAGAAGGGGCGUCCAGCACCAGCAUUCCAUCACAACGAUGGUCCAGGAAUGACUGUGCAGGAGAUAAUGGUCCCAGCCUCCAAAGCUGGACUUGUUAUUGGAAAGGGAGGAGAAACCAUCAAAAGCUUACAGGAAAGAGCUGGAGUGAAGAUGGUCAUGAUCCAAGAUGGGCCCCAGAACACGGGCGCAGACAAACCACUUCGUAUUUCAGGAGAGCCUUUUAAAGUUCAGCAAGCCAAAGAUAUGGUGAUGGAGCUAAUCAGAGAUCAGGGCUUCAGAGAGCAGAGGGGCGAGUAUGGUUCAAGGAUUGGGGGGGGAGGAGGAGAUAGUUUAGAUGUCCCUGUUCCCCGGUUUGCAGUAGGAAUCGUCAUUGGCAGAAAUGGAGAGAUGAUUAAGAAAAUACAGAACGACACAGGCGUCAGGAUUCAGUUCAAACCAGAUGACGGCAGUGCACCAGACAGGAUAGCACAGAUCAUGGGUCCUCCCGACCAGUCUCAGCACGCAGCAGAGAUUAUAUCUGACCUGCUGAGGAGUGUCCAGGCCGGAGGACCUCCAGGACAUGGUGGAGGCAGAGGACGCGGUCGUGGGCAGGGUAACUGGAACAUGGGCCCCCCUGGUGGCCUACAGGAGUUUACCUUCACCGUACCAACUAUGAAGACAGGCCUCAUCAUUGGAAAAGGUGGUGAGACAAUCAAAGGCAUCAGCCAGCAGUCUGGAGCCAGGAUUGAGCUACAGAGGAAUCCCCCACCCAACGCUGAUCCCAACAUCAAAAUGUUCACAGUCAGAGGCUCUCCUCAGCAGAUCGACUACGCCCGGCAGCUCGUGGAGGAGAAAAUUGGGGGACCUGUUACUCCAAUGGGUGGCCCUCAUGGUCCUCCUGGUCCUCAUGGAGGCCCAGGCCCGCAUGGUCCCCCUGGGCCCCCUGGACCCCCUGGAGCUCCCAUGGGACCGUACAACCCUGGACCAUACAAUCAGGGACCUCCAGGGCCUCAUGGCCCUCCUGCACCAUAUCAGCCUCAGGGAUGGGGCAAUGGCUACCCACAUUGGCCACAGGGACAACCUGAUCCAAAUAAAGCAGCCGCCGAUGCCAAUGCAGCAGCAUGGGCAGCGUACUAUGCUCAGUACGGCCAACAGCCGCAGGCCCCUAUGACUCCAACCAGCGGUGCCCCAGGCACUACUCAAACCAACGGUCAAGGUGACCCACAGGCUGCAGGUCAGAGUGGACAGGCAGAUUACACCAAGGCCUGGGAGGAAUAUUACAAGAAAAUGGGUCAACAGAGUCAGCAACCUCAGGACUACACGAAAGCCUGGGAGGAGUAUUACAAGAAACAAGGUCAAGCAGCCACUCAGGCGGCCCCCGCAGCCGCAGCAGCAGCGGCUGCCUCUCAGCCCGGAGGCCAGCCAGACUACAGCGCUGCCUGGGCAGAGUACUACCGGCAACAGGCUGCUUACUAUGGCACAGGCAACCCUCAGUCGAUGGGUGCAGCACCACAAGCUCCUCAGGGCCAGUAAUGUGAAGUGGACAUAAAGUAAAUGCUACAUUGUCGAAAACAAAAUCCUUUGUUAAAUGUUUGGAUGCAGACGCCUUGAUGAAGAUCUUAAAUUUCCUUGGUUUGAAAGUGUUUCACACAGAUGGCAGAUUUCCCAGCGAACACGUCCUCUCUCUUUCUCAAUUAUUUUUUCUUUUUUGUUUUUUUUUUGUGUUUUUCUUGUAAAUGCUUUGUUUUUAGUAAGGUAAUUAUGCAUAUGGUCAUUCCAGCCCUGUAUCUACAUAAAAUGUGGUUAGAACUCAUGUUUAUUAAACUGUUGACAUUACCAUGUAAAUCAUCUCAGUUUUAAAAUGCUGUUGCCUGUUGUGUUUUUGCAAUAAAACAAACUGAAACCUCC